AUGGCGAAUUUCGAGAAUCUAUCUUCCGAAUUUCAGACAAUAGCCAUGGAUAUAUAUUCUUCCAUAGUUCAAGCUGCAGAUAUAAACAACAACAACAACAACAAUAACCUUCAUUUUCAAACAUUUCCUCCUUUCUCCACUUCUCUCGACUCACUCUUCCUUCAACAUCGUCAUCAGCAACAAUUGCUUGAUCUUCACGGAAAGUCUCCAGACAGAGAUGAUAAUAUAAGUAAUUUCUCCUCAACUUUCAACCAUUCCAAUCAUAUCAACGCCGAAGAGACCAAGAAGAGAAAAGCUUUGUUACAGACUUUGUCUUCAUCGGAGAAUAGUGGCGUCUCUGAUAGUGUGAAUGUUAAUACCACCGAAACUGGUUCUUUGAGAAGAGGUAAGAGGUUGAAGAAGAAGAAAGAAGAAGGAGAAGAGAAAGAGAGAGAAGUUGUUCAUGUGAGAGCCAGAAGAGGCCAAGCCACUGAUAGCCACAGCUUAGCUGAACGGGUUCGGCGAGGGAAAAUAAACGAGAGAUUGAGAUGUUUGCAAGAUAUGGUUCCCGGAUGUUAUAAGAGUAUGGGAAUGGCUACGAUGCUUGACGAGAUAAUAAAUUAUGUCCAGUCUCUACAAAAUCAAGUCGAGUUUCUCUCGAUGAAACUUACUGCAGCAAGCUCGUUUUAUGACUUCAACUCAGAGACCGAUGCUGUUGAUUCCAUGCAGAGAGCAAAGGCACGUGAGACAGUGGAAAUGGGGAGACAAACAAGAGAUGGGAGUCCUGUCUUCCAUUUAUCAACAUGGUCCCUUUGA